GUUAAUUCAUCACAAACUGCGACUGCGUGUCAUGAUACUGCUACAGUAAUAGACGGUUUUAUAAUUGUUUUUCUGGAGUGUCGGAACAAUUGUAGACAUGGAUGGAAAACGAAAGGCGUUCUCAGGGCGUAAAGGUGGUGCGUCACAACCAAAGCGUCAAAGGCGAGGGACCAGGAACGACGAGUUCGUGCGCGAGGUGGUCCCGCCCACCUCUGCCUCUCCUCGAUCCGACACGACACAGUCUCACCUUCCAGCAGAUCGACCUAGACCACUACAUAGGCGACCACAUGGAGGGGAUGCCCGGGUCGACGGUGGGAUCGAGCCCGAUCAUCCGCAUGUACGGCGUGAAUAUGGAGGGAAACAGCGUGUGCGCUCACGUUCACGGAUUCACGCCGUACUUCUACGUCCCCGCGCCGGCAAACUUCCGCGAGGAGCACUGUGGUCUGUUCAGGAAUGCACUGAAUGCGGCCGUCUUACAGGAUUCACGGUCGAAGGAAAAAAUGUCAAUAGCCGUGCUGGCGGUAGAAGUACAGAAGAAAGAGAGCAUGUACGGUUACCACGGCAACGAGAAGCAGGCGUUCCUGCGCGUGACGAUGGCGUUGCCGCGGCUCAUCGCCCCGGCUAAGCGGCUGCUGCAGCAGGGCCUGCAGAUCCCACCGCACUACAUGAACAACGCGUUCUCCACCUACGAGAGCAACAUUGACUUCGAGAUCAGGUUCAUGGUCGACACGAACGUUGUCGGCUGCAACUGGAUCGAGCUUCCCGCAGGAAAGUUCCGCGUGCGCGUUGCCGCGGCGAUGCAGACUCGCUGCCAGCUGGAAGCGGAUGUCUCCUGGGAAGACUUUGUCUCUCAUCCCGCCGAGGGAGAGUGGCAGAAGGUGGCGCCACUGAGGCUGCUCAGCUUCGACAUAGAGUGCGCCGGCAGGAAGGGGAUAUUUCCGGAGCCGGAGAAGGAUCCUGUCAUACAGAUAGCUAACAUGGUGGUGUGUCAGGGACAGCAUAACAAGCCGUUCGUGCGUAACUGCUUCACGCUGCGUGCGUGCGCUCCCGUAGUCGGCUCACAGAUUCUCUCUUACGAGACGGAGGCAAAGAUGCUAGUGAAGUGGGCGGAGUUUGUGCGGGAGGUAGACCCUGACAUCAUCACCGGCUACAACAUACAGAACUUUGAUCUGCCGUAUCUGAUCAACCGCGCCGCCACGCUCAAGGCGACGGAGUUUCCGUACAUCGGUCGCGUGCGUCACCGAGCGACGACGAUCAGGGAGUCGACGCUGCAGUCGAAGCAGAUGGGACGACGCGAGAACAAGAUACUCAACAUAGAGGGACGCGUGCAGUUCGACCUCUGCAGGUACGGCGUGUUACUGCGAGACUACAAGCUGCGAUCGUACACGCUGAAUGCCGUGUCGUUUCACUUCCUACAAGAGCAGAAGGAAGAUGUUCAUCAUUCGGUCAUCACCGACCUACAGAACGGCAGCGAUCAGACGCGACGACGUCUCGCCGUGUACUGCAUGAAGGACGCCAUCUUGCCUCUGAAGCUGCUCGACAAGCUCAUGUCCGUCAUCAACUACAUGGAGAUGUCACGCGUCACGGGCGUCCCCAUCAGCUACCUGCUGUCGCGGGGUCAGCAGGUCAAGGUCGUGUCACAGCUGCUGCGCCAGGCGAAACUGCAGGACCUGAUAAUGCCAGAACACAAGACUGAGGUGGGAGAGGAGUUCACAGGAGCCACUGUCAUCGAGCCAGUGAAGGGGUAUUACGACGUGCCGAUAGCAACGCUGGAUUUCUCGUCUCUGUAUCCGUCUAUCAUGAUGGCUCACAACCUGUGCUACACGACCCUGCUCCCACUGAGCGCUCGCUCCAGCAUCUCUCCGGACGACUACAUCAAGACGCCGUCUGGGAAUUAUUUUGUGAAGCGGAGUCUUAGGAAAGGUCUGCUGCCAGAAAUCCUCGAAAAUCUUUUGGAUGCCAGAAAAAAUGUCACGGCGUUCGGCCGCAUGAUGAUCAAGGAGUCGCAGAGAAUCGUAGAGGAGCAGUUUACUGUGGAGAAAGGCUAUCCUGCAGAUGCAAAGGUCAUAUACGGCGACACCGACUCCAUCAUGGUGAAGUUUGGCGUGCCGACGGUUGCCGAGGCGAUGUCGCUUGGUACGGAGGCUGCUGCUCGCAUCACGACAGAGUUUACUCCGCCGAUCAAGCUAGAGUUCGAGAAGGUGUAUUAUCCGUACCUGCUCAUCAAUAAGAAGAGGUACGCGGGCCUGUACUUCACACGGGCGGAGACGCACGACAAGAUGGACUGUAAGGGCAUCGAGACGGUGCGCCGCGACAACUGCCCCCUGGUGGCCAAUCUCAUCAACACCUGCCUGCAGAAGAUUCUCAUAGACAGGGAUCCGGAGGCAGCGACGGAAUACGCGAAGCAGACGAUAUCGGACCUGCUGUGUAACCGCGUCGACAUCUCACAACUCGUCAUCACCAAGGAACUCACAAAGGAUGAUUACAAGGCGAAGCAGGCACACGUGGAGCUAGCACAUAGGAUGAAGAAGCGAGAUGCGGGCUCGGCCCCCGCCCUCGGGGACCGCGUACCCUACGUCAUCAUCUCAGCAUCCAAGGGCACUGCCGCAUACAUGAAGUCUGAGGAUCCGAUCUAUGUACUGGACAACAACAUUCCGCUGGACACUCAGUAUUACCUGGACAACCAGCUGUCGAAACCACUGCUGAGGAUAUUUGAGCCCAUCCUCGGCGCGUCGAAGGCAGAGUCUAAACUCUUACGGGGCGAUCACACGCUCAGUAAGACGGUCGUGCAUUCUAAGGUCGGUGGAUUGAUGGCUUUCGCUAAGAAGCGUAGCACCUGCGUGGGAUGCAAGGCCAUACUCGACACAGACGGUGUCGCCGUGUGUAAACACUGCAAGUCUAGGGAGUCGGAGAUCUACCAGAAAGAGAUCCUACAGAUGGCGUCACUAGAGGUGAAGUUUUCGCGGCUGUGGACACAGUGUCAGCGAUGUACAGGAACUCUGCAUGAAGACGUGCUGUGCACCAACUCUGACUGCCCCAUCUUCUACAUGCGGAAAAAAGUUCAGAAAGACCUCGACUCCCACUUGCAAGUCGUUCAGCGGUUCGGCAGCCCCACCUGGUGAGGAGGAAUGAAAGUAUUGCGACGACCGUGUUUAAACACGACUAGAGUUAAAAUUUAUUGCAUUUACAGAAGGUUAGCAUCGUACGUAAUUACGUCACACUAACGAUAAGUAUCAUGAACAUGUAGAAUAUCCAUGUAUAAGUAUAUCGCGAAUAAAAAGAGCAAAAGAGUUCGAGGAAGCAGAAGAGAGAAAGGUGAGAGAGAAGUGUUGUACAUAGUUUGUCUCUCUGAAUAAAUACAUGCGUGGAAUAAAAACCUAUUCUAAGAAUUU